UGCCGUUUUACCCUUCCGCCUGACAACACAGUUUGACAACAUCGCAUUUCAGCAUUUGGCUCCAGACGACAGGUCGGCUGAGCCUGGCAAGCUUUCACAUGACGCUGGAUGCGCAGAGGUUCAAGGAUCACUGCCUCAUCAUUGUUGGACCAGGUGGAGAUGCUGACCAGGUCCUUGCAAAGCGGCGUUUGGAUGCUGGAGGCGCAGUACAAGAUGCAAAAUAAGCGAGAAAAUCAUGAGUGGGACAGAGUUGGACAGGGAGUUUUCUAGGCCCCCUGGCACACUUCCUCACCCAAGGGGAGAAUGAUGAUCGUGUCACUAUGAAGUCGAUGGAGGAUGGAAGAACGGAGGACUACUUCACUUGGCAGCCACCGAGUACAAAAAUGAAAGUCUCCAGCUUUGCCAAGGAGCUUGGAGGAAAGCCUCGCACCUUCUGGACCAAGAGGGGUCCAGAUGGAGUGGAGCUACAGGAUGGGCAGCUUCUGACCAUCACUGCCGGCAUCGAUGGGAAGCCACGGCAUGUGCGGCUGACUGAUGAAGAGGACAAUGUGCUUUGUGAUGUCUGGAGAGGUCGUGGUGGAUGUGGACAAGCAGCGGGCAAACACCAUGGAUGUGGAGGUCUCCAACCUUGAACUCAAAGCCUUUGGGACCUUUACCUGGAAAAGUACACGUAUGGCCAUCUUCAUUUCCGUGAUUUUUCACGCCUUGAAGAUCAGCAUCUCCAUCGCUUUGGAGAAGGAGGCUGCGCCCACUUUACCAUGGACUCGGAAUUUGCUGUCAGGACUUGACUGGGCCACAAUGACGGGAAGUGUGGUUGUCACUGAGGUUUGCUGCUACACUAUGGCAGGUGUCCCAGCAACAGAUCAGAUGCACAAAUUCAUGGUCAUCAUUACAGUUGGAACAAUGCUGGCACUGUCCUACUUGCAGCUCUCAGAGUUCACUAUCUUCAACAUUGGGUCUGGUCUGAUCAUGCAAUCUUCCGUAAUCCACUACUUCAACACACGUAAGGCACACCCGGAUCGGCGCUUCUUGCUCCAUUUGAUGUGGACAGUCGCCUGUAUCGGGUCUUGUUUGGAGCGAUUGCUCUAAUCUAUGCCAGCUUGUUGACCGCUGGCUGGACUUUUGCUGCCGCUGUCGUCUUACCACUGGCAACAGCCUUUGGGGAGACCGGUUGCAUCAUCGCAGCCAGAAGGGCCUACAAUUACUUGGUCCACUCUAAGAAAGUGAAUGGUCAGGGCCAUUUGGUGGGAGACCAAUUGUUGAUUCCAGGACCGGCCAUUGCAGGGGCUGUGCUCAGUGGAGGCUACUCUUGGGUUCCCACCAGCUGCCUGAGUCUGUUGUUGAACAUCUCGGCAAGACUGGGGUGGUCCCGCUUUGCCUUGAUCCAGCUCACCAAGUUUACCUUCGGAGGUCCUACGGCUAUGAAACUCUUUGCGCCAACAGGGUGGAGCAAGUAUCACGAUGAAAUGAAGGUCUACUGCGGUUACUUCAGGUUCGUGUUCAUCCUUGCCCUUUGCAUGGGUCGAGCCAUCAUGCAUGGAGUCAAUGGAAUUGAUGGUCCUGGAGCUCCUACCUUCAACCUCUCUGUCACGAUUCUGAUCCCAUCGAUACUCUUGGCUGAGAUUCUGGAGGAUGAGAUCGUAACCAGAGGGCUGCUCCCGGUGAACCCUGCAGGGCCUGGCCUGCUGAAAGCUAACGUGACCGGAGACAAUGCUGACCCUGCGCAACUCAUCACCUUGGAGUAUGUCCCAAACGUCCCUGCCGAC